UCUCCACACAAUAAUCCUUGGAAAAGUUGUCAAGACUUAUUGAAUCAAUCUCACCAUAUUGAUAAAGUCAUCGAAGCACAAACUCUAGAGAUGAAGGAAGGUAACCGCUUACGGGUUAUGACCUCUAUUGAUGUUGUUCGGUGGUUGGCUUCGCAAGAAUGUGCUCUACGAGGUCAUGAUGAAUCCUCUAGUUCUAAAAAUCGAGGUAAUUUUCUUGAAAUGAUUUCACUUUUAGCAUCAUAUAAUGAACAAGUUGCUAGUGUUGUCUUGGAUAACGCUCCAAAAAAUGCUAUGUAUACUUCUCCCAAAAUUCAAAGUGCGCCAUAAGAUUCGACAUGAUUCGACAUGAUAUUGGUAAAAUGUAAAAUGUGGAGUUUUGACAAUGUAACUAAUCGAAAUGUAAAUCAUGUUUAUGGAAAUGUAUAUUGAGUCAAGUCGAAAUGUAAAUUAAGUUAAUAGAAAUGAAA